AUGAAUGGUAAACGACAGCUUGAAGCUACCGAUCCUACUAGCAACAAACGUCGACUCCGGUCUGCCAAUCCAGUUCCAAUACAAAAUAUAACCCAUUAUCCAACUUUUGGAGAAACUUCUGUAUUUCACUUGGUAUCCACUGUUACUAAUGAACAACCUCUUCCCAAAGGCAGAUCUAAAUUUGAGCAGGUCUUGAUUACUUUGGUCGGUCCGACCAUGCUGAUUGCCUGGAAACAAUGGAUCGAAUCCACUCUUGUACCCUCGUUGCAUCAAAAAGCUACUCUGCAUCGCAGAGAGUAUAACGAAAAAUAUAUGAGAGGUGAAAUCUCUUAUAUCGGUCUGACUAUUCCUGAAACUGACAAGAUAUGCAAGUCAUGGCUUCAUUCAGUAAAUGUCUUUAUCGAUCAGUCGUUCAACUCUAAAGCCAACAAUCUCGAACCCUCGUUAAGUAAAACUACUUUAAAGCAGUUACUUACUUUAUCGUUAUAUUACAGUAACCAAUUUGAAAUCAAAUUUGCUGCCACGUAUUUCUGGCAGUCACAUAUUGAUGAAUGGAUGUUGACACAUCCCGGUUACGAUCUACUGGCUUUGGUGUUUGAUGCAGGAUUGGUCAACGAGUGGGCAACAUGCGAUAGUAUUUGUGCUCGGCUUACAUCCAAAGCUGUUGGUCAUCUUAUGAAAACGAACCCAUCUGUAUUCGACUCUAUUGUGGCUUCUAUUUUGGAACCAUGGGCUAUCAAUCCUGAAUAUAAUCUAUGGAAACGCCGUGCUGCAAUCGUCACUCUUAUUCCUUUGGCAGCCACCAGCUCCAAUACUCUACGAGAUACCUUGACUCGCAUGACAACCUGUGUGGUCAAAUCCCCUGAAAGGUUUCUUCAAACAGCUGUAGGAUGGAGCAUGCGUCAACUCAGUGUCGGUCACAGGGAUCAUGUGGUCGAAUGGGCUCAUUCCGUCGGAUUUGAUUUCAUGUCCAUGGAAGCUCUUCGUUCCCUUUGUGAAAAACUACCCAUUCAUAUUCGCAAAGAAUUAGUCAUGAAAAUGCGUGCUCAUCGUAGUAGUGCAGCAACAUAG